CGUAGCUGGCCUAGGGGGAAUGCUUCCGGGUAGGAAUUAGGUGACCCCGGCUGCCGCUGGAACCUGCGGUGACAGCAGCCAUGGGGGCUCACCUGGCCCGGAGAUACCUGGGCGAUGCAUCGGUGGAGCCCGAUCCCCUGCGGAUGCCCACUUUCCCGCCCGACUACGGCUUCCCCGAGCGCAAGGAACGCGAGAUGGUGGCCACUCAGCAGGAGAUGAACGACGCCCAGCUGGUGCUCCAGCAACGCGACUACUGCGCCCACUACCUCAUCCGGUUUCUCAAGUGCAAGCGCGACAACUUCCCCAACUUCCUGGCCUGCAAACACGAGCGGCACGACUGGGACUACUGCGAGCACCUCGACUAUGUGAAGCGCAUGAAGGAGUUUGAGCGGGAGCGGCGGCUGCUCCAGCGGAAGAAGAGACGGGAGCAGAGGGAGGCGGACAUGGCCCAAGGCCUGGGGCCCGGCGAGGUGGCCCCCGAGGUGGCCCUGUAGCAAACCUGCCCACCAUUCUGUGGACCAGUAAAGAAAUAAAAGCCUCCAGGCCCCUCGGCCCAA